UGCGGGUGUCCUUCAAAACUGCCUUGUUUUUAUGUAACGCCAGCAUGGUUUGAAUCUGCCGUUGAACCCAACGUCGUGGCCUUCAACACCGCACGCAUCCAUUCGGUCUCGAUUCGAAUAAAACGCGCGUGGCGCUGCGGUUCCUCCCAGCGUGAGUGAGUCACAUCCCCGACACUUGCUUGCUUUUAACAACAGCGACUUAACCAACGGAUUUUCCAGUCCCUUGAAAAGCGACUGGGUGCUCCCUGUCGCUAUGCCUAAUUCCUUAGGAACCGGUGGAUCCAGUUUGAUCCAUCCCUCGUCUUCUUUCCUUCUUCGCUGCCCGUCGAGUCUUCCCUUUUCCGACGUCCCUGUUUGUGCAUUAGGUUGAUUCGGGUCCGCGUCGAACUUUUCCCGCAGUGAUCAUUCUAUUUUUUUUAAGUCAUCGGGAGGCGCGCAUAGGAACAAGGUGACCAUGUCAACGUUGAGGGAAGAUGCGCUCCUUAACUUUUCCAUGCGCUACUAAAACUUGCUGGCAUCACGUUCCUGGCCGGGUUUCUUUAAUAGCUUUAUUCAAUAAUGCAGAGCUCCCCUGCAUUAUUUAAAUAUCACGAGUGGAAAUAAGUGAUUUGAACUUUUGGGGUCUUUAAAAGGGGGGGAGGUGGAGACGACCAACCGUCCCCUCCCUCAGUUCUCGACUGAAUUUGAAGUAAUUUUGCUCAGGGGGAAACACUUGAAGCCGCACCACCACAGCACUGGAAAUGGAGGCACCCAAUGGCUACGCUGCUAGUAAUGGCCAAUGCUCUCCAGGUAAGGAGAAGUCAAGAAUGUCAACAUCCAACGGAGAAAAUGAGCCUUAUGGUCGUAAUUCCCCCAGCGAGCUGAGCGAUAAACAGAUCAAGCAAGAAGACACGAGCGAAGAGGCCGACAACGCCAGUCCGGGGUGUGAGCCCCAAACCGGAGAAGAACGGACAUCUGUGGGGGAAUCUAUGGCACUGAGCCCAAGUCAUGCGCAGGAUGGCAUAGCUGGACAAAAUAUUGCCGUGGAUGCACCCAGUCGACACCCAAACGGUGAGCGGCCAUUCCAGUGCAACCAGUGUGGUGUCUCGUUCACUCAGAAGGGAAAUCUGCUGCGGCACAUUAAGUUGCACACGGGCGAAAAACCCUUCAAGUGCCCCUUCUGCAGCUACGCCUGUCGCCGCCGUGAUGCGCUCACGGGUCAUUUGCGCACUCAUGCCGUUGGCAAACCACACAAGUGCAGCUACUGUGGGCGGAGCUACAAACAGCGCAGUUCCCUUGAGGAGCACAAAGAACGCUGCCACGGUUACCUGCAGAGCAUUGGUCUGGACCCAACUGUCAACACGGGACCUUAUGCAGGUGAGGUUCCGAAAGAUCCAAGGCCCAUGACGACGUUUGAGCGGCCGCUCGUGAUUGAAAGACUAAACAGCAAUGUUGGAAAAAGGAAGAGCACCACACCGCAGAAAUUUGUGGGUGAAAAGAUGAUGCGCUACGGCUACCCUGAAAUGGGAUAUGAGAUGGGCCUCAAGUUUGAGAAGCAGCCUGAGCUCUUGUCGGCCCACAUGAUGGACCAAUCGAUGGGCAAUGCCCUGACAUAUUUGGGAUCAGAAACACUUCGGCCCAUUCUGCAACAUGUGCCCAUGGUCAACCCACUCUACCAUCACGUUCUGCCUCUCGACCAGAGAGUGGAGCGUUCAGGGAAUACCGACUCACUGCCACUGCAGCCCACAUUACCUUCCGACUUCCCCGGCCACAGCAUCUCCAACGGGCCCGUGUCGUUGCCUCGGCAUGGCCGCCCCACACACUCGGGACACGAAGAGUCGCCGAGCAACAGCGGAGGCGACUCGCCCGAAUCGGCUCGCAGCAGCCCUCGAGAGCGGCACCUUAACCCCGGCGGCAAUCUCCCGUCCGGUCUCAGGUCACGCUCGAGCCCCGCGGUUUAUUCGGGUGAUCACGUGACAGAUGCGUCACCCAGAACUGGCUCAGGAGCUGCGAGCGGGCUGUUGCGAGAAGCCGGAGAGAGGCCCGCAGUCCAGGAAGGGGUGCGGGUGUUUGGACGGGAAGGUCGGGAGUUGCGGGCCUUCCAGUGCGACCAUUGCCAAGUGCUCUUCCUGGACCACGUCAUGUAUACGAUCCACAUGGGUUGCCAUGGAUACAGGGAUCCGCUGGAAUGUAACAUCUGUGGUCACCACAGCAAAGACCGUUAUGAGUUCUCCUCGCAUAUCGUUCGCGGUGAACAUACGUUCCAGUGAAACGACGGAUAUCAAAUUUAAAGACAAGUAUGGGGAAGAUUUUCAUUCUCAUUUUUUUUUUUUUUGUUUUGUUUCCCAAACCUUUUAUCGAGCUGCAGACCCAUGUAGCGCGAGUACAAGCUUUUCAGCUACAAGCAGUGUGAAUUUGAAGAGCUGAGAAACCAUAUGAAGGCUUCGUGGCAGUGCGCGCUGCUACAAACGAGAUCAAAUCGGUUAUAGUGAGAGCAUUUGAAAAGCGUGCUAAAACAGACCUCAAGGAUUUGGAGGUUGGUCCUUCUGUUUAGGCUUCGUAACGCUCACUAUUUCCAAAGUAUGAAGGAGUAUGCGAACCACACUGAAAGGAAAAAAAUAAAUAACAUAAGGUUAACGCAUUGUAAGAAUGAAGUUGUAAUUAUGAAAAUAAAGUAAGUGGACAAUCAUCUCAGUCAUCAGUAGGAGCAGUCGAACGUAAGUAAUUGUUCAAAUGUUUUGUUUCCUGAGAAAGGACGACGCCGUCUUGAAAUGCAUAUUUUCUUGGGAUUGUUUGAUCAUCAGUCAGGAGAGCUUUAUCGAACUAAUAUUGAGUGAUUUUUUUCCAGGUAAUGACACGGCAGCUCGAGAGAGAGACACCGUGACUUAUGUGUUUACAUUUGUGUGGGAAUUUGGACAUUGACUUGUUAAUAUGCAAUUUGAAUCAAACAUUUUUUUCUAGUGAUAUUAUGACUUAAAUAUUAAAGCUUUUUUUUUUUUUCAUGGGGGGGGCGGUAAAAUCUUGUUUUUUUUCCCCUUCCUAUGUGGCCCAAUUUUCCUUCGUAACAAAGAACAAAAGUCUGCUGCAAAUUGUGAUUUUGGUCACCUGAUGCUGCUUGUUGUCCAUUUGGACUUGUUUGCCGGUGGUAAUAUUGUUUCUCAUUGUGUCCUGCAUUUUUGAAGCUAUAUUAAUUCUUGUGCCAUGAUCACUAUUCAGCUUUGCUUUGUUACAGUAUUUAUUUUAUAGGGUCAAAUUUCCAUUGAUAUGAAAUUAAUAUUAAAUUAUUUUUUUAUUACUGCUAAAUUUGAGAUAUGAGGUUCUCCACCUGCUCUAGUUUACAAAGAUGCUCAGGUAGCUUGGGGCCUUUUAAAGUGGACCAAACUUAGUUCAACAUGGUUUUGUAAACUAAGAAGCGUAAAAAUUUUUUUUGGGGGGGGUGCGGGGGAGGAAAAAUAUAUGUUCAGUAAUAUGAAAACCUAUUUGCCCUCUUCACAAGUUAUUGGUAUUUAUAUUGAUGUAUGAAUGAGAUUCAGAGAGCAGAAAUUGAGCUUCAAUCAAUCACAGCAAAUUGUCCAGGUCCUGAAUGAACACAGCAUCCCCAGACCAUCACACUACCGUCACUAUGUUUGACUGUUAGUCUGAUCUUUUUCUGAAAUACUUUUACACCAGAUGUAACAAGACACACACCUUCAAAAAAAUCAGCUUUCAUCUUGUAAAUACAUAGGACAAUGACUCACCACUUUGCAAACCCAUCCAGACUGAAAAAUAUCAACGAUUUUAUGACUCAUCUCUAAUUUCUUUGGUUGACAGUAUUUUGUUGCAGCUUUUUUUUUUUAAUCUUUUGGCUGACUUCAUUUUGUCAGACAUGUUCUAUUUCAGUCAUUUCUUAAUUGAACAAGUCAGGGGGUAACCAGACUAGGGUGUUGUCAGUAAAACUCAGCUUUCCAAAAAAUGUGUUUAUUUUAUGAUUUAAUAAGAACGGCGAUUACUCUUGCACUUAGGAUCAGCUAGAUUUGGAUAGCUGUAGGAAAUACAAAAUAAGAAUUUGAGAAAAGGGCAAAUACUUUUUCAUGGCGCUGUAAAUGAAAUGUGUAAUCAGGGGUGGAGGCAGGGGGUCUUUAUUUGCAUUUUAGUGUUGAAUAGUGUGAAAGACAAUCAAAACGUAAUCCAAAAACAAUGCCUACGCAGUUAUUUUUAACAACCAAAAUUAUUGUGACAAAUGUUAUUCGCCUUUGCUAUGAAACUGUAUACGAUAUUGUUGGCUGCUUUAAAUUCUAAUUCAUGAACAUUUUUUUUUCCUGUUCUGUGGAUUUCUUAGAACAAAAAUGAUAUCAUCAUCAGGGUUUAUAUAGGGGUUACCUCUCAUUUUAUCUGCCUUUUAUUGCACAUUUUCAACACUUUGCCCUCUCUUAUGUAAUGUGUAAGUAUGACAAGUGUUAUCAUGCAAAUAUAUAUAU